AUGGCUCCAAAUUUCCCAAAAGAAAAAGCAAAAGGGGAUGUGGCGGUGAAGUUUUACUCUGACCUUUUUAAAUCUUCCAACCCGCCUCCGUUUGCUGUGUCGUUUCAUGACAUGCAUCCUAGAGUCACUGACCAAAUGAAUGAAGAAUUGACUAAACCGGUGUCAGUUCAAGAGGUUCAAGAGGCCUUAUUCUCUAUUAAUCCCUCAAAGGCGCCGGGACCUGAUGGUAUGUCCGCUCUGUUUUAUCAGAAAUUCUGGAGUAUCGUUCAAGCGCAAGUUGUUCGAGAAGUACAGAGAUUUUUUGAAGAAGGUAUUCUUCCAAAGGAAUGGAAUUAUACUCAUCUUUGUUUGAUUCCUAAGAUCCAAGAUCCGGAAUCUAUCUCUGAUCUCCGACCAAUCAGUUUGUGCUCCGUCAUGUACAAAAUCAUCUCGAAAGUUAUGGCGAAAAGGAUUGUUCCUGUGUUGCAAGUGAUUAUAUCUCCUACUCAAUCUGCGUUUGUCUCUGAAAGACUCAUGACAUAUAACAUUACAAUCGCACACGAGAUGAUUCAUUCGUUGGGGGAUUCACAAGACUGCAACUCCGAUAAGAUGGUAGUGAAGACCGAUAUGUCGAAGGCAUAUGAUCGCGUGGAGUGGGGAUAUCUAAGGUCUUUGAUGUGUGCUCUAGGAUUUGACCAGAAGUGGAUCUUCUGGGUCAUGAAGUGUGUUUCUUCAGUUACUUAUUCAGUGCUCAUAAAUGACCAGCCCCAUGGUGUUAUAGUACCGCAACGAGGCCUGAGGCAGGGCGACCCUUUGUCACCAGCCUUGUUCGUUUUGUGCUCUGAAGGCCUCAAUCAUUUACUCACCAGGGCAGAAAGCGGUGAAGAAAUCUCGGGCAUCAAGUUUGGUCUGACUGGUCCCUCUAUCAAUCAGCUUCAUUUUGCUGAUGACUGUCUGUUUGCUUGUCAAGCUAAUGCAGAGCAGAGUCAUAAUCUGAUCAACAUUCUCACGAGGUAUGAACAGGUGACGGGCCAAAAGCUUAAUCCGGCAAAAUCUUCUAUUAUAUUUGGCAAGAGUGUCCGGGAAGCAGAGAAGGGUAGAAUUAAAACGGUGCUUGGAAUUGAGAAGGAAGGAGGGAUGGAUAAAUACUUAGGCAUCCCUGAGAUUAUGAAAGGAUCCAAAAUUAAGUUAUUUUCAUAUCUCAAGGAGCGUAUGAAUAACAAGAUCUCAGGCUGGCAUGCAAAACAUCUAUCUCAAGGAGGGAAAGAGGUGCUCAUCAAAGCGGUUGCAUCAGCCCUUCCGGUAUUGCCAAUGUCUGUCUACCAACUUCCUAAGACUGUAAUUUCCGGACUGAGUAGUGAAAUGGCUCGGUUUUGGUGGGAUGGUCUGGCAUUUAAAAGAAAAAUUCACUGGAUGAGUUGGGAGAAAUUGUGUCUGUCAAAAGAAGAUGGUGGCAUGGGAUUUAGAGAGUUGGAGUGUUUCAAUCAAGCACUGUUAGCAAAACAGGCCUGGAGGAUGAUACAAUUUGAGGAUUGUCUCAUGGCUCGUGUUCUUAAAGGCAAGUACUUUGGUGAAAAGCGCUUCCUAGAUGUGAGAAUGGGUAAUAAGGUCUCUUAUGCAUGGAAGAGUAUACUGUUUGGGAGAGAGCUUCUUCAAAAAGGUCUGAAAUACUCUGUAGGCGAUGGGAGAGACAUUCAUGUAUGGUCUGAACCAUGGAUGGAGGACGAGGAUGGUACCUGCAGACCUCCAUAUCGUAAACAGAGAGUUUUUGAUGCAAAUUUGAAGGUAUCCGAUGUGAUUGACUUCCCUAAGAGAAGAUGGAACAAAACUCUGUUGGAUGAGCUCUUUGUUCCUAGUGAUGUUCAAAUACUCUUGCGGAACCAACCCUCUGUUUUUGAUCGGGAUUCUUGGGUGUGGAAGUCUACUCCUAGUGGGCUGUACACUGUCAAAACUGGCUAUGAAUUGGCGUUCUCAGUCAACAAGAAGGAGUUGCUUCGAUAUGCGUUACAUGCUCGAGGGAUGAAGGGUGAUGUGGUCUGCCAAACGUGUGGUCUGGAUGGUGAAUCCAUUAAUCACGUCCUAUUCUCAUGCACAUUGGCUCGGCAAAUUUGGGCACAGUCUGGUUUUCCCCACCCGCCUGGCGGUUUUCAUGAUUCUUCUAUAUUUGCAAAUGUCAGUUAUUUGCUUCAGGCGUGGCGGUUUCUUUAUAAUGGGGUGCAAACAUGUAUCAAAGCAUUUGAUGAAGCUAGGUUGUGGUUCCUAGCUCAAGAUGUGGCGCAGCAGAGCAACGCGGAGAACUCUCAAGUGAUUACUACGCAUUCAGCUAGUUGCAUUGCUCCUCCGAUAGAUUUUGUCAAGUGCACUAUUGGAAUGAGGUGGUCCAAAAAGUCGAAAGAAGUUGGAGCCGCAUGUGUGUUAUCUGAUGCAGGGGGUAUGACUCUGCUCCAUAGUCGUCGCUCUUUUGCUGGAGUAUGGUCUAAGGAAGAGGCGUAUUUCCUUAGUUUGGUGUGGGCGGUAGAGAGUAUGCUCUCCCACAAGUGUCUAAAUGUUUACUUUACUCUUGAAUGGAGGAUGUUGGUUAAUGCAAUCAAUAGGCCAAAAGCAUGGCCUUCUUUCAAGUUCAAAGUUACAGAGAUUAGACAUUUGCUUGGGGAACUUUUGGCAUGGCGGGUGGUGUUUGAACGUUCUGAAGGUCAUCGAGAUGCCAGCUUAAUUGCCAACAGUGUUAUCAUUGGAGAUAGGUUUCAAUCCUAUGUGGCUAGGGGUGCUCCUAGAUGGUUAUAA